GUUAGCUGGGCGGUCGUCCACAGGCGAAUCGCGUCAUUUCGCAACCGUGUUAGCCUUGUUGACACCGACACACGAGCAGCGCCCACCGACUCGACACACGUUCGGAGGCUGAGGCGGACACUCGAUCUUCCGACCGCAGACAUUUCAGCCCAUUCGAGUUAGUCGGCAACUGGAGCCGGUUCGCCUGCAGGGACGAAACGCGCAGCAAACACCCGGCUAGCUGGACGGGUCGAGCCGGUGGAAUGUCGCCCAGCGUGGAGGUUCCGCCGUCGAACAAAUGAUAGAACACAGAGUUGAGCAGUUUUCUGAAUUACCUUGGCGUCGCUACAAAAGAGGCCACCAUGCCCGUCAUCUGUGCGGCUACGGGGUGCAACAACAAGUUCGUUAAAGGGUCGGAAAUACGAUUUUACAGGUUCCCGCUCAGCAAGCCUCAACUCUCCAGCAAAUGGGUGCACAGUCUGGGGAUGAAAAACUUCAUCCCGACGGCCAACACCUGCCUCUGCUCGGAGCAUUUCAGGACCGACUGCUUCAGGGACUACAACGGCAAACAGUUCCUGCGCGAGGACGCUGUACCCACCCUUUUCCCCCAGGGACAGGAUUCAUCAAAGAUUGAACUUCGUAAACGAACGGUGCCGCCGAAGGAGACCAACGUGGUGACUCAAGUGGGAACACAAGCGGACAGAGACCGAGUGAGAGAAGCCGCCAAUCAACGCAGGGAAAGGAGAGGCGGAAUGAGGGGUGGACGAGGUGGCCGUGGAGGAAAACAAAUGUCUGACAGGCAGGCCAUCGGAGCCAAGAGCAGAGUGUACGACGGCAAAGGCCGACUGCUCUCCAACAACACGGACAUGUGCGACUGUCUGGACGUGGACUGCAUGGGCUGCUUCUACCCCUGCACCGAGUGCGGCUCGCGCAAGUGCGGGGUGGAGUGCCGCUGCGACAGGAAGUGGCUUUACGAGCAGGUGGAGGUGGAAGGUGGCGAGAUCAUCCGCAACAAGUUUGCUCUUUAGCUGGCAGUGACUCUUUGGCUGUAAAAAUGCUUCGUGAUGGAACCAGCGGGGCUUCUGGGAAUCAUAACCACUCCCUGAAUUCUGUCUGGUUUCCUAUUCAAGACUGUGAUGCAGUGUAAAUAACUGAUAACUGGUUUUACAAAGCUGCUGCCUUUACGGAACAAUGUAAGUAUUCUGCAGAACAUUGGUGCUGCAUUUUCCCUUUUAAACUUAUUGUUCUGUAUAGUUUCUAGUUGAAAACAUUUUUAUGUUGCAAAUUGUGUUAAUAAACCUUUUAAUAUUC